UUCUCACUGCCUGCCAAAAGAAGGGACAUUUGAAGUAAUUUCAUCAAAUGUUACCUCUAUAAGAACCACAUUUCCAAAAAACAAUUCAAGUAAAACUCAAGAAAAAUGUAUCCAAAACUUCUUGUUUUGGUACUCACUAUCUUCUACUCUUCUUUCUUCCUAGCAUUGGCCUCUGACCCUGACCCUAUGCAAGAUUUUUGCAUACCUAACACUAGACCAUCAAGGUACAAUAUUUUUUCACCAUGCAAAAAUUCCAAAUUAGUAACACCUGAUGAUUUCAUAUUUCCCGGCGUAAAAUCGCCGGGAAAUUUCACUGACACGGGCCUCGCGGCCGUGUCAGUGAACCCCUCGAUAUUUCCAGGACUCAACACCUUAGGCAUGUCGUUCGUACAUGCUGACUUGAACAUAGGUGGCAUAAAUCCCCCUCAUUUUCACCCUAGAGCAACUGAAAUUGCCUACAUUGUACGUGGGAAAGUUUAUUCAGGUUUUGUUGACUCGAAUAAUCGGGUUUUUUCUAAGGUGAUUGAACAAGGGGAGGUCAUGGUUUUUCCUAAGGGACUAGUACAUUUUAUGAUGAACGUUGGGGAGACACCAGCGACGAUUUUCGGGUGUUUCAACAGCCAAAAUCCAGGCAAUAUGAAAAUUCCAGCAGUUAUUUUUGGUUCUGGAAUAAAUGAUAAACUUUUGGAGAAGGCUUUUGGAUUGAGCCUUAAGCAAAUUGUUGUAAUGAGAAGGAAGUUUUUCCCCAAAAAACUGAAAAGGAUAGAUAGGAUCCCUUCACUUUCAAUUAGGGGUCUCGAGUUUGAGUCCUGAAAAUAAAAAAAUUCUGGUAUGAAGCGGCUUCAGCACUAUUUACAAAAUUGACUGAAGAAAAACACUACUCUUCCGGUAUUUCCUGGACCCUUGACAACAAUCCAUCCUUUCUCUCAUUUCCCAUUGUAUGUGUGUCACUAUCUGCUCUUUAUGUACACUUUGAUUCCUAAAUAUUUUCCCAUUCGUAGCCUCCCAAGUGUGGUAUACUAUAAUGGACUUUCUUCACUA